AUUGCAUAAUAGUCUAAAAGAAAUAACAAAAUGAAUGAUAACCAAAUUACAUAAUGUAUUCACAUCAGAUUUCGUAAAACUGUAUAAGUUUAUGUAUUCACCUUUGAAGUAUGUGGUUUAUGUUAGUUUUAGUGAUAUCAUCCAAAAUUAGAUGAGCACAAGUGUAAUCAACUAACUUUAUGUCGAAUGCUUCAAUUACUCUUUACUGAUUUAAGUUAAUCUAUUUUUAGACAGCUAGAAUAGAUAAUAACGAUGAUGAAGAAGUACUUCGUAGUCUUACAUAUCGUCAAAGAUUAUUAAGAAAAAUGUAUCCAUUAGGAUUUCUAUAUGAAUUAAAAAACUUACUACGUUUAGCAAUACCUAUUACUAUUUCAUCAAUUUUAACAUAUACAAUUUCACCUGUCAGUAUGGCAUUCUGUGGUCAUUUAGGCAAAAUUCAAUUAGCUACAAUCGGUUUAGCAAUGUCAGUGUUUAGUGUUUGUGGUAUGUUUGUUAUUCUAGGAUUACUCUCUGCAUGUGAUACAUUAUUUUCACAAACAUAUGGGAGUAUAAUGAAAGAUAAAAUGAUUGUUCAACUAUAUAGAGCUGUUAUCUUAAUUUUACUAUGUUGUAUUCCAUCAUGUGCUUUGUACUUGAACGCGGAACCAUUACUAUUAUUACUUGGACAAAAUCCUUUAAUUGCAAAGGGAACUGGCGAAUUAUUGCUUUAUCUUAUACCGGGAUUACUUUUUAGUUCACUUGGACAAUUGUUUAUCAGGUUUGUUCAAACACAAAAUCAUGUAUAUGCUCCAUUAGUUAUUAUGAUUUUUGUGAAUGGUAUCAAUGCAUUAAUGCAUUAUAUACUGAUUUAUAUAAUGAAUAUGGAUGUAAGAGCUUCACCAAUAUCUCAAGCAACAGCAUAUUUUUUUCAAGUAAUAUGCUUUAUUGUUUACAUCAUAUUCAUAGGUCAUUCAAAAGAUACCAACUUUAAAUUUACAAAAGAAAUUUGGGAAGAUUGGAAUACAUGGUUUCGUUUAGCUAUACCUGGUUUAAUUAUGGUUAGCCUUGAAUGGACAAUUUAUGAAAUUGGUGGUUUUAUCGCUGGGACUUUGGGAGCUCGUGAACUUGCUGCACAAACUAUUAUUCUAUCUAUUGGAUCUAUUAGCUAUACUUUGCUUCCACUUGGUGUUGGUAGUGCAGCAGGUAUACGUGUAGGACAAUAUCUUGGUGCACAAUCUGCUAAAGGUCCAUAUUCUGUAUUCAAUGUAGCUAUGACAUUAGUUGGUUUUUGGGCUUUACCAUAUUUAGGAUUUUUAAUUGCUACAAGAUGGUAUUUACCAAGAGUUUUUACAUCUGAUGAUGGCGUCAUUGAACUUGUAGCUGAACUAAUGCCAAUUAUAGCUUAUUUCCAAAUUAUCGAUGGUGCGAAUGGUAUAUGUAGUGGUGUCUUGAAAGGAUCAGGUUUACAAACGGUUGGAGCAAUUGUAAACAUAUUCUGUCUUUACAUGCUUGCUGUACCACUUGGGAUUUGUCUAGUUUAUGUAGUAAAUCUUAGGUUGACUGGUAUUUGGGUCGGUCUCAUUGGUGCUGCAACAUUACAAGUGUCUACAUUAUGCAUAAUAUGUUACCGUUUGAAUUGGACAACACAAAUCAAAUUGGCUAAAGAAAGAAUAAAAGUAGAGAAUGAAUCAUCAGAAAUGGCUAUGAAAAAUCUUGGUGAAAUUACUGCUACUGGGAUUGUGAACGUUGAUGAAGAUAUUCAUAUUUCGCAGAAAAAUCAUCAAUUUAAUCAUUUAUCAAUUGAACAAAAUCAUAAAUCAAUAAAACAACAAAAUUCAUUGAAUAAAAUUAUUUUAAGAAAUAGAAUUAUUUUAAUUAUAAUUUUAUUUUUAAUUCUUAUUUUAAGUAUUUUAUGUAAAUUAUUAAUUAAUUUACAAAAUUAUUUUGGUAUUUAUUGUGUUUAUAAUAAUGAUACAUUUAUACAAAUUACUAAUUAUAAUAUUACUGAUAAUUGUACAGUAGUGAUUCCAUAAAAAAAACUAAAAAAAAAUCUUUUUAAAAAAAAUUAAAAAAAAACUUUUUUGGUUGUUUUUUCUUUUUUUUUCUUUUUUUCUCUCAUGAAAAGGUAUAGUCGCAACUAAUCUCAUUACAACUUACCCAUUAUAAUACUACUAAUAACUGUACAGUAGUUACUUCAUAAAAAAUAAAAAAAUCUGUUGAAAAAAUAAAAAAAAUUGUUUGGGUAGUGUUUUUAGUUGUUUUUUUCCCAUCAACUAAAAAACAUUCACUAAUAAUUUUAUAUUUAAUGUUUGUUUCUUUUCUUUUUUAUUCAAGAAAAAAAGUUUUUACGAAUUAAUUAAAAAUAGAGUAUAGAAUACAAAAAUAAAAUUGAUUAAUUUAUGAUUAUUAUUGAACAUUGAAUUUAUUGAUUAAUAUAGUUUAAUUAUAUUGUUUGUGAAGACGGACCACGGGUGAACUCGACGAAGCUGUAGAAGGCUCAAAAGAAGCUGAAGAUAUUCCAUCCAACCAGCUUUCGGAAGAAUGUUCUAGAGUUCCUAUGUGUAGCUUCCCGGUUGGAUAAUGCUAAUAACCACCUGUAUGCUGAUCGGUGGAAUAUAAUGAUGAUUUCAUUCUUACUAAAAAUUAUAAAUACUUGACAAUUCUGAACUAUAAUGAACACUGUUGGAAUAAUAUUCUUUUCGUUAUUCUUCUGUCUUUUUUAUGCGAUUUGGAGGGUUUUUGGUGUUCUAGUACUCUGGUAUACGCGGUAUAUCAAGGAAUCAGCCUUUAAAAUAUAACACGAUUAAUCGUUAAUGAAGAAAAUACUAUUUUCUAAUUUGUUUAGAUACAUUUUUAUAAACUUAAAUAUUAAAUUUUGGAUAGAUUCUGCCUUGUUAUUGAAAAUUUAAUAUUUAAUCAUUUUAAUUCGAAUAUUAUUGAUGUAUGACCACGUGGAGUAUGGAAUGGUGAGCAUCAAUAUUCAAUCAGAUGUUAUAUCAUUGUUGUGAACUGAACAUGGAUGGGGACAAUCGAAUUGUAUUGAGCACAAAAUUACAGAGUUACUUAGUAAAAUAGAAAAACCAUAUAGAAAAUCGUUAGUUCGCAAAAUAUCAAUCCAUCAUAUCAACCUGGACUGUUCCUGUUGCAAACAUCAAUCUAUUAUUUCACAUUUCAUUGUUCAUGCGUUUUCUUACAAAUUGUAUUGUGUUCCUGCUCUUCCUUUCUUGAUCUUCUCUCAUCUUCUGCUGCCAGACAUUACGUUUUUAACUCGCGUCAUAUACUACUUAUAUCAAUAUAAGUAGCACACACCAUAUCACUGCUUGUUGUCAUUGUUUUGUUAUAUCACAAGAAAGACAAUUUUUUUUAUAGCCUAAAUCAAGUACAUGUUUAUGAAUUAUAAUAUGAAUUACAGCA